UCACGAAGAUUAUUACUUCCCUCGGUUCCGGCGGUUAAAUCUCACAGACGAUUCGAUUAUCUCCGUCACACGCCGUCUUCACCGUCGAAUUCUUCCCGCCGGGAACGAAUGGCUUUCUGGACAUUGAUAAAAGGUCUGCUCCUCUUUGCAAAUGCGUUUGCAAUCCUCAACGAAGAUCGUUUCCUCGCUCCAAGAGGAUGGACACUCGAAAAACUCCACCAAACCGGUAGAAGAAACUCUCCCAAAGGCCAAAUCAUCGGUCUAAUUUACGCCUGCCAGUACAUGAGAUUGCCCCUCUUGCUCAUCAACCUAGUAGUCAUCGCCAUGAAGAUUAUCGCCGGUUAAAGAUUUUGUGUAUAAACUGCAUUACAUAUCUAAUGUAGGAAGGUUCUCUUCUACCUAGUCAAAAGUAUCCCUUGUAGUCAAGUUGGGUGUGGAUCAUUUUACAUGCUGAAACAAACUAAUCAUGCCAAAGAGAAACAAUGUUGCAAAGUUCACACAUGAAAGGAAAACAAGUGGGCUACAUUACAUUAGCCAAUGAAGAAUCUACUUGAUUACAUAAAAGAUCGCGUAUCCUAAACACACACACAUAGAUAUCACAACACUUGACUUCACUUGUUUUCAUUUUGUGCUAUCAGUUUUACUCAUAACAGCUUCCAUUUUCUCCAUCUUCUCGUACUCGAACUCCUUCGUCUUGAUCCCACAUUCCUCCUGCAUCACCAUCGCAAGAUUGUUCCUUUUGAAAGCUGCCCAUAUAUGCAUCAAGGCGAAGAACACAAGCCCUGUAGAUCCAAAA